AUGUCUGGAUUACUCGCGCAGUCUCGAGCCUCUCGAACAUCUCAAUCCGAGACCAAUUCAAAGGCCGUAUCCUUGCCUUUAAAAGUGCUUGGAACUGCCGACGGCUCUCAACUCUAUCCUGGGAGUCUCCAUCGUCAGCAGCGAUCAAUUGGGACUAUUUACUUUCGCAGCAUGCUGGAUGUUGAAGAUGCUCCUACCCUUAGCCCAAUUGCCAUUCCGAGAGAAGAGUCCAUGGAAGACUGGGUCAGCGAGAGAUUGAGCCAGGUCGCGCGCAAGCACAAAACUAGUUCGAACGAUUGGGCUGACAUUUUAUGUUACUAUACAGCUACCAAUGGCGUUGCCCCAGCGGCACCCACCCGAGCCUCCCCAGCCCCUCAAGCAAAUGGCAAGGCCGUGUCCCCUCAACAAGAGGCUACGCCUCAGACCGUGAGCUCAAGCGACCCUAAAAUUGCUGCUCAACAAGCCAGUGACAUGAGGAACAUCGUGCGAAGAAAAUUGACUGGUUACGUUGGAUUUGCGAAUCUGCCCAACCAGUGGCACCGCAAGAGUGUCCGGAAAGGAUUCAACUUCAAUGUCAUGGUUGUUGGCGAAUCUGGCCUUGGAAAGUCAACCUUGGUUAAUACCCUGUUCAACACUUCGUUAUAUCCACCCCGUGAGCGCAAAGGACCCAGCUUGGAUAUCAUCCCAAAAACCGUCUCAAUCCAAUCUAUAAGCGCGGAUAUUGAAGAAAAUGGUGUUCGUUUACGACUGACCGUUGUCGAUACCCCUGGUUUUGGUGACUUCGUCAAUAACGACGAAUCUUGGAGACCAAUUGUGGAUAACAUUGAGCAACGCUUUGAUGCUUACUUGGAUGCCGAGAACAAGGUCAACCGCAUGAACAUUGUGGAUAACCGGGUUCACGCUUGUGUGUACUUUAUCCAACCCACGGGCCAUGCGUUGAAGCCUUUGGACAUUGAAGUUAUGCGCCGACUUCAUACCAAGGUCAACUUGAUUCCAGUCAUUGCCAAAGCUGAUACUAUGACUGACGAGGAGAUUAUGGCUUUCAAGUCUAGAAUUCUCGCAGAUAUUAAGCAUCACGCGAUCCAAAUAUUCGAGGGUCCCCGCUACGAACUCGAUGAUGAAGAGACAAUUGCAGAGAACAACGAGAUUAUGUCAAAGGUUCCAUUUGCUGUUGUUGGUGCAAACUCUGAAAUCACCAGCGCCGAUGGGCGUAAGGUUCGCGGACGUCGCUACCCAUGGGGUAUCAUCGAGGUCGAUAACGAGGAACACUGCGAUUUCGUCAAGCUGCGCCAGAUGCUGAUCCGAACACACAUGGAGGAGCUCAAGGAACACACAAACAAUGCUCUGUACGAGAACUACAGAUCCGAGAAGCUCACCGCAAUGGGUGUUGCACAAGACCCAAGCGUCUUCAAGGAGGUCAACCCUGCCGUCAAGCAAGAAGAGGAGCGCACACUCCACGAACAGAAGCUUGCCAAGAUGGAGGCCGAGAUGAAGAUGGUCUUCCAGCAAAAGGUUGCCGAGAAGGAGAGCAAAUUGAAGCAGAGCGAAGAGGAGCUGUACGCUCGUCAUCGCGAGAUGAAGGAGCAACUCGAACGCCAGAAGAUGGAGUUGGAGGAAAAGAAGGCCAGAAUCGAGAGUGGAAGACCGAUAGAGGAGAAGGGAAAGAGGAAGGGAUUCUCUCUUCGUUAA